UCAUCUACUUAUAGUCUCUCUAAUCUGUACAAGCAGUUGCCAUUGCAACUGGUUCUUUUUGUAAUAUAAAUUUUUAAUUAGUCCAGUAAUUAAUCUAUGGUUACCUUUAAUUAAUAUUGACUUAUGCCAGAUUUGUAAUAAAUACUUAGGUACAGUUUUGUAUAAUUAUGUACCUAGCAAGAUUUUAACAACAAAGUUUGAAGAUUAUAUAAUGAAAAUCUUUUUUCUAUACGAUUCGAUCAGGUGACAAUUAAUAAAAUGUUCAUGCAGAGGUUAAGUUUUCGUGUUUCUUCUUCUGUGAAAUAUCAUUGGAAGUAUUGUGAUCAGUGUAUCAAGUUAUAUUCAACACAAGUUAAAAAUAAACCACUACACAAUGGUGGUCCAUGGUAUGCAUAUACGAAGAAAGUCGAAGAUGGUAUCUUAAGUAAGGAUCCAUAUCAGGAAAAAAUAAUGCAGCAGUUACAAGAGAUAUACCAAGAAGUGACAAAGUUUGAAAGACCUACAACACAAGGUCGUAGUAGUGGCUCAAUAUUUAGUUUUUUUAAAAAAAGUGAACCUGAAAGAAUUAUUGCACCCAAAGGUCUAUACAUUUUUGGAAGUGUUGGUGGAGGAAAAACGAUGUUAAUGGAUUUAUUUUAUGAAUCUCUUCCGAUAAAAGAAAAGUUGCGUGUACAUUUCAAUUCAUUUAUGCUGAACAUACAUGCUCGUAUACAUGAGCUAAAAAUUAAGUCUGGCAAAGGUGCAAGUUCAUUCAGAGAUGAAGGUGCAAAACCCUUUGACCCUAUACCACCAGUAGCUGCAGAUAUUACACAAGAAUCCUGGCUUAUAUGCUUUGAUGAAUUUCAAGUGACAGAUAUUGGGGAUGCUAUGAUAUUAAAACGUCUUUUUACUCAGUUGUUUGAUAAUGGCUGUGUGGUGAUAGCUACGAGUAAUAGGAAGCCAGAUGACUUGUACAAAAAUGGUUUACAGAGAUCUAACUUCUUGCCAUUCAUACCAGUGUUAAAAUCACAUUGUAAUGUGCUUCAGUUAGAUUCAGGAAUUGAUUACAGAUUACGGGGAAGUGGCAAUAAGUAUAGCAAAUAUUUUAUGAACAGUGAAUUAACAGAAGAGAACAAUGCGGUAGACAAUUUAUUUAAAUUUCUUAUUUCUAAAGAGACAGAUACAGUCAGACCUAGAGUUAUAAACAUUAUGGGCAGAAAUGUUAAGUUUGCCAAGUCUUGUGGAAGAAUUUUGGAUUCAACUUUUGAAGAACUGUGUGAUAGACCUCUGGGUGCCAGCGAUUAUCUUGUUAUUUCAAAAACAUUCCAUACAGUGUUUAUAAGAAACUUACCUCAGAUAUCUAUAAUAAAACAUAGAUCUCAGCUCAGAAGAUUUAUUACACUUAUAGAUACUCUUUAUGAUAAUAGAGUAAGGGUAGUAAUAGCAGCUGAUUGUGAGCCUAAGGACCUGAUGAAAGUAAAUGAGGAAAAAGAAGUGGGUGAUGCUGAUAGAGCUCUUAUGGAUGAUUUGAAGAUAACUAAAGAUUCUGAAGAUGCAAGAGCUGCUAUAUUCACGGGUGAAGAGGAAAUGUUUGCUUGUGACCGGUGUUUAUCAAGAAUAAUGGAAAUGCAAACUGAGGAAUAUUGGGAGAAAUGGGGAAAACAUCUAAAUUAAUGGAUCAAGAAUAGUUAAUAUUAGCUAAAUAAAUUAUUUAAAUUAGUAAUUUUUUUUCACCUGCCAUUACAUUGUACUUGGGAUAUACUGUAUGAGUCCUAGAUUCAUAAUGAGUAAUCAGUUUUAUUUUUUUAGGUAUUAUAUAAUACCUUGAUACUACAUUGUACCUUGUUGAUGUACAGUCAGUAUUACUCAACAUUGUCAUAAAUAUUUAUUUCAUACUAACUUUAUUGUUUGUGUGUGUAUAAGGGUUACUUAAUUUUGACUGUUAGGUUUUGAUUACGCACAUACACAUGUUAGUAUUUUUUAUGUGUAUGUCAAAUAUUUUUUUAUUAAUUUAUUAAAAUUUAUAUAGACAUCUAAUGUCAUGCAUAAUAAUGCCAAUUGAUUCGACUUUAUUGUUACGUACCUGUUUAGUGUUGAAGAGUUUUAUUUUGUUAACUAUUUAUUUGAAAUAAGAAUGAAAUAAAAGUUAUAAAUAUAUAA